CAUUCUCACACUCGACCACACAUCAAGUACACUCUCUCAUCACCUCAUUCCUCUCUCUCUCUUCCUGGGUCUUCACUCCCAAAUUCUCGACGAGUGUGAGAAAAAUCAAUCCAAUUUAGGGUUUCAAUUGUGACAUUUUCGCACAAAUCUCAAUCGGAAAAAAUGGGAGGUGGUGGUGGACCAGCAGAUCACGGUCACGGCGGCGAUUUCAGGAACAAGGUAUGGAGUAUGACCGGUGGCCCUUACUGUCGUCCCAAGCACUGGAAGCGCAACACCGCCAUCGCCAUGUUCGGUGUCUUCCUCGUUUGCAUCCCCAUCUUCAAGCUUUCCGCUGAGCUCGAGCAAAGACCACAUCACCCGGUUCGCCCAAUCCCUUCCCAACUCUGGUGCAAGAAUUUUGGGACGAAAGACUACAAAGAUUAUGAAUAAACCAAGGAUCAUCAAUUGCAAUGCAUCACUGGUGUGGGUGUUCAUCACAUCACGUGAAACAAAAUUUCUUUGAUAAAUGCAGAGAAUAUGAACAGUUUUAAAAAGUUGCUGGUGUCAAUGUUAUGUAAGACUUGAGAUCUAGGAUCAUGUAAUGGACAUCCUUUUAUAUUUUUGGUUACAUUGGCUUCCAUUUUAGAAGUGAUGGAAUUAAAUAAGUUACUCAUGUAUCGAUACAUCGUCUGAGACUUUGUUGUUCAAACUGAUAUUACCGGUCACUAUAAGGAUGGUAAUUGAUGUUUUUAUCA